UAUUUAAAACCUCCUAUUUAAGAAGAGAAGCACAGAGAGAUCAAACUCUUAUAUAAAAAAAAAAGAAUUCCCAACACGUUCAAGGGGCCAGAAAAAAUUUUCCUGCAGGGAGCAAACAUGGCCAACCAAGAAGACGAAUCGUCGCCUUUUGAAAUCUGCAGAGACAAACAUGACAGGGAUACAAACACAUUGCCUGUCGGUAUCGAAUUUUCUCCUUCAGAUGAAGUGAUCAUAACCAAAUACCUGAAGCCUAAGGUUCUCGGCGAUGAUAUCCCUUGCAAAGGCAUCAAUAUCGUCAAUGUCAAUUUAUAUGAUCACAGCCCGGUAGAGCUCGCAGAAACAUAUGCAGAUAAAGAGAUAAUGGGAAAUUGGUACUUUUUUACGCCAAGAAGAAGGAAGUAUGAGAAAGGAAGUAGGCCAGACCGAGCAGCGUCUGGAGGGUAUUGGAAGGCCACUGAUGCAGAUAAAUUUAUCAGGGUCAACAAAGGGAAUAAGGAGAUUGUAAUUGGGAAGAGGCAACGUUUGGAAUUUUGGGAGACUGCGAAUAGGAAGAUUGAUCCAGGGACGAAGACGAAAUGGUUAAUGAUCGAGUACAAGGUCGAGGAGUCGAAGCAGCCUAUCAAGGAUGGCAACAUGCUGUUGGAUGACUAUGUUCUUUGCAAGAUGUACCGCAGUCGUCACCAGAGCAAGAGGCCUGCGCCUGAUGCAGGUAACCCAAAUGACCCGCCACCGCAACAAAUCCAACCACCAAACAAAAUAGCCCGCAAUGAACAUAAACCCAAACCCAAUUUCGACCCUACUCAAGUCCAACCUGAACCAAGAAACUCGACCCAUAACUUACCGUCGCAACCUGCACCAUUGAACCCAAACCAAAUCUCUGAUCCCUCUGAUGAUAUCUUUGGUUCUCUCGAAGACAUUAUCCCUGACCUUCCUCCAUUUUGCGAUCAAUUGGAACAGGAUGGUAUUGGACCAGACGUUAUAUUACCUCCCCAAAAUUUUGAGCAAUGCUCAAUUCAAUAUGACAAAAUGGAUAACCAGCAGCAGAAUAAUUAUGCUAGGAUUCAAUUCACAGCUCAAAACUUUGUCAAUGAAAGUUUCCAGCCACAGUACUCCGACAUGCCACACUUUGAGCUUGGGUCGUCUUCGACCAUGAACCAGAUGAACAUAAUGGGAAACUCUCGAUGCAGUUUGCUUAAACCCACAAUAGGCAGCAAUGGAAUUAAUGCAGUCAUAAAGGAGUUUUUAGCUUUACUUUGAAUGUGGUGUGAAGAUACAGACUGAUUCAUCUUUCCUGUUACUUAAUUACUCAUUAGUUUUUUUUCGUAACUUUAUUUAUUCCUUAGUUCAGAAAAGAAAAGGUAGCUUCUUUCUAUUUCUAAAUUUAGAAUGUUAUAUAUACAGCAAUGUAUAAUUCAAUGAAACCUACUAGCUCAUUGAAACAAUGAUCUCGUUGCCUGUUUUGUUAUCGCUAAUUGGUGUGGAUGACCAUUGUGAAAAAAAUGGCACAAGUAUCUCAUAAAAGUAAGCUUCUCUAAUGCCUGUUCAUCAUAGAGGAAUUAUUCGACCUUUUCCCUGCUUCUAGAGUAAAAUUUUUGAAAGUGAGAUGGAACUUUCAGGCUCCAGGUUUCAUGGCCAAUACAGUAUAUGUUAGUGUUGUAGGCUGGACUAUUAGGUUUUAUACCUACUUGAUCUUGUUUCACACAGAA